AUGAAAUAAAAUUUAUAGCAAGGCAGAUCUUAAACAAGAACUCCUAUUAGAGCUAAAAAACUCGAUAAUAACUACCACAAUUAAUCAAUAUAGAGUACAGCAAUAUCUAGUUAGCUUAAUAACUCUUCAAUAGAGUUAUCUAUAUUCAACUCAAAGGAUUAUAAAUUUUAAAAUUAAUCAACUGAUAGCAUCAUUUUUGAUAAUAAUAUCAAUUUUCAGUAAAACUUUAUAGAAUGCUCAAAGUUUGAGACUAGCUCAUAAAUUUUAAUAGAUAAGUAUUCAGGAAGUGAGUAAUAAUAUCCUCGUAUUUAGCAAUAGAAAUAGCAUAAAGCACACUCCUCUGCUGAUAAUAGAUACAUUUCUAACUCGAAUUAGAUAUAAAAUACGGAUUUUAUAUAAAGACCAAAAAGAAGACUUUCUCCUAAAUAAAAAGAAGUCAACAAAAUUAUUAGUAGAAUUUAUGAAGAGAGACUUUUUCCUAUAUUGAUUAAGGAGUGUUCAAAUGCUGGGAUAUUAACCAAAGAAUAAGUUAAAGAUUAUGACAUAAAAUAGCACUUCAAAAACUAAAAAGCAGAAGAAUUCAUGCUAGGAAACAAACCACUUUUGAAUAAACUUAAUCUAAAUAGUAGCUAUAACACAAUUGGAAAUUAUACAGGAAAUAACAAAUACUUAAAAGUAGAUUUAGAUUAUGAAAAAUUAAAAAUAGAUCCAGAAAAAACUAAAAUUACAAAAAAACAAUAAAGAAUUAAGAAUUUUUUCGAAGGCAUUAAUCCUGCUUAAAUUAAAAUGAAAGUAUUACCUCCAUUGAGGCCUGUUUAAUUAGCUAUUGAGGAAGUUGAAGAGACUAGAAAAAAGAAGUAAAAAAGCAGUUCUACUCAUCUUGAUAAUAUAUAAAUAUAGAGAAGCUCUGUUAUUUAAUUACCAAGCUACAUUAUUUCAAAGAAAUAAAAAAUAAAAAGAGAUUAAUCUUUGACAUUAAAUAAUAGCGUUUGCUCUAUUAAUGUAAAUAAAGACAUAGAUUCUUAAGAAGUAAAAGAUAUUUAAUAGUAUGAUAAUAAAAAACAAUUUUAGUUGGAACUUGAUUCUAUAUUUAAUUCAAGUUAAGUACAGCAUUCAUCAGUUUAUGAAGUUGAUGUAGACAAGUAUAAAAAAAGAAUAACACCAACACCUAUCAAAAAAAACUUUAUGCCUACACAUUACAAAGAUCGCAUAGUUGCUUUGAAUAUAAAAUUUUGA